GCCCCAUUUCACAUUCAACCUCAACACAUGAACCUCUUGUGAUUGGGAGAAGAAUAAGGAGAUGGGGAGGUCGCCGUGUUGCGAGAGCGAGCACAUGAACAAAGGGGCGUGGAGCAAGGAGGAAGACGAGCGCCUCAUCGCCUACAUCAAGCGCCACGGCGAAGGCUGCUGGCGGUCCCUCCCCAAAGCAGCCGGCCUGCUCCGCUGCGGCAAGAGCUGCCGCUUGAGGUGGAUCAACUACUUGAGGCCCGACUUGAGGCGUGGUAACUUCUCCGACGACGAAGACGAGCUCAUCAUCACCCUCCACAGCCUCCUCGGCAACAAGUGGUCGUUGAUAGCGGCACGGUUGCCGGGAAGGACAGACAACGAGAUUAAGAACUACUGGAACACCCACAUCAAGAGAAAGCUUCACGCCCGCGGGAUCGAUCCCCAAACCCACCGCCCUCUCGACUACACCAACGCUGCUGGUGCUGGUGCUGCUGCUAUCUGUGCCAACGCUAAUAACGGCAGCAAAAAGGCGGAGUCUCACUCGACAACUUAUGAAGAAUUAUCGUCGUCGUCGUCGUCAGCCCGACUCCCCGCAGCGGCAGCGAAGGAAAGAUUGAAUUCAUUUGCCAGCACGGCGGUGGCGGUGAGAGAAGAAGAAGAAUCGACUAAUAACAGCAUGAGCAGCGGCGUGACCACCACCACCACCAUCGCAGAGGAGGUGCAAGUGCAACUCAUCAAUAACAAGAACCUCAUAAAUGUUCACAAAGACACAGAUGGAGAUGUAGACCUCGACCUUUCGCUUUGCCUCUCCAUUCAUCGCCGCCAGACUAUCAUCAGAAACAACAGCACCAGCAGCACAGCAAGCACCGAAUUACUAAGUAGUGCUACUCCUCCGCCAGCUAAUACUCAUAGGGAUCAUGAGGUGCUGCUCUUGAGUCUAGGGUUUCGUCAUGGCGGCUGCAGUGCACCCGCGGCCACAACACUUGACUUGUUAAGCGACCCUUCUUCACCCCCCAUCUCUAGAGCCUCUUCUUGCUGGUUGUGA